CUGGAGCUGCCUUUCUGAGCGAACGCACAACCCGCAGCUCUGCCUCCCGUUCAUCCUCCUCCCCCGCAGUUUCUGCUUCUCUAUUCGUCUCUUGGAUAACCCGACGAUAGCACAGGGGGGCUGCUGGCUGAGCUGGACGUGGACUCUGAUGUACACGACGUGACAAGCGAGGACGGCAAAAGGACCCAGAGCUGGAGCUAAGUGUUAGCUACAGACUGUCCUCUCCUUUUUUUUAGUCAAAAACAGCAGCAGUGCAGCACCGUUAGCAUUAAGCCUCUGGGGACAAUGCACCACGGCAGAUGGAGCCUGCAACAUAGCACCAACACAUGUUCUGCCGCCGCACGUAAACACAGACACUUGCAUGUGGAUUGUGGUCGGAGGUUGAUGGAGGCAAAAGCGGUCUUUCUGCCUGAUUUUUUACAUCAGAAAACAACGAGGACCUCAGUUGUUGAAGAGAAGCAGGGAGCAGGUGUGCGUUCAGUGAGAGGAUACAUGCAGCAGCAACGAACGCCACAGAGAAGAGCACUGGGAUUCAAAUAGGUAAUUCCUGAACACCCAUCCUUCUACUACAUACGUGGAAAUGAGAAGUCAGUCCCAGAUCAAAACUUCCUAGCCAUCGAUCCACACACACUGUACUUGGACCCAUGGCUGGAACCUGCUGACAACAGGGCUGUGUGACAGACAUCUGGGUGAUUCGGUGCCGUCAGAACCAUGCAGUGGAGACGGCGGCACUGCUGUGCCCACAUGGCCAACCUUCUCCUUAUUGUUCUUCUGUCACUCCUGGGUGUACUUGUGUUUUUGGUCCACCAGGUUUGGCUGCCUAAACUUAAAGGUAUGCCAUGGUGGAGGGGGCAUCCUCUAGUGUAUGGAGGGGGUGGGCUAACCACCAAAGCCAAACUGAACACAAGCGCCCAACAUACAUCAUGGAGGUUUGUCAUUGUUCCUCAGCCAACUUUCAAAACUAAUGUCAACAGCAGUUUCCAUGAGAUAGGAGACGUUUCCUCUUCUCAAGGCAACUCAAGUUUUGACAGCACUAUGAUGGCCAACACAAGCCGAAGUCAAGGAGGUGACAUUAAUGCCAUUAUAAGUCAAGGCCCUUUUACCUAUAUCAUAAAUGAGCCAGACAAAUGUGCAGAGGGCCGACCUACACCAUUUCUGGUGUUGCUGAUUGCCACUGAGGCUCGACAGGUAGAGGCAAGGAAUGCUAUACGCCAAACAUGGGGCAACGAGAGUGUUGCCCCAAGACUGGGACUCACAAGGCUCUUUCUGUUAGGAAAAAGUGAAGGGGAGCUGGGACUUUUACAACAGAGGAUGCUAGAAGCCGAGAGUCGGAGAUAUCAUGAUAUCAUUCAACAGGACUUCCUAGAUUCCUACAAAAACUUGACAAUGAAGACACUCAUGGGUAUUAACUGGGUGGCGGUGCACUGUCCACAGACCAGCUAUGUCAUGAAGACAGACAGCGACAUGUUUGUCAACACUGAGUAUCUGAUUUAUAAGCUGCUCAGGCCAGAAACUAGGCCCAGGAAGAAUUACUUCACAGGCAACAACAUGAGGGGCUUUGCACCCAACAGGAAUAAAAACAGCAAGUGGUACAUGUCCCCCGAGCUCUAUCCAAGUGACAAGUACCCCACUUUCUGCUCUGGGACUGGUUACGUCUUCUCCGGAGACUUGGCGAGGAAACUCUACCAAGUAUCGUCACGUGUGCGCCACCUGCAUUUGGAGGAUGUGUAUGUGGGAAUUUGUCUAGCCAAGCUCCGGAUCGAGCCCACACCCCCACCCAACGAGUUUCUAUUCAACCACUGGCGAGUGUCGUACUCUAGCUGCAAGUACAGCCAUCUGAUAACGUCACACGGAUUUCAUCCCAAUGAACUACUGAAAUACUGGCAUCACCUACAAAGCAACAAACACAAUGCCUGCCUGGCUAAAGAACGAGCAGGCAGAGGGCACGCAAGAAUGACAAGUUAGAUACCUGAGAACGAACAGUCUCCUCAACCAGUACAAGUGUUUCCUAACUUUAUAUGAAUGGACACAUUAACCUAUACAAUCGCUAUAUAAACCUGUGUUCUAUGAAAAUUGCCAAUUUUGUACAAAGAUGAAGAGUCUUCUAUGUCCAAGUGAGACCACUUUUGUAAAAACAGCCUUUCUAAUGGAGGAAUAAACUGUUUGUAAAAGUCAUGUGUCAUCAACAGCAGCAAAACAAGUUGCAAAAUGUACUGCAAACUUGUGGUUUUCUGUACUAGUGAGGCAAUUUUCAUGUCUGUACACAUUUGUCUUUAUUGAGCUGAAGGCCGUUAUCCAUCUAAAAAGUGGUUCAACUAGUUUAAAAACGGUUGCUCUGUAAAUUUGUUGCAUAUGUAGUCAAACAGAGUGAUUCUGGGAUAAAAACUGUUUUUUGACUACAAUUUUAUUCAUUAUUAAAGAAAGAGGAAAGUGUC